UGUAAACACUGUUCUCUUCAUCAGGAUUGCUGAUGCUUUUUUUCCCCCCUUCUCGCUCUCUCUGUCACAAUGUGCUUCAGAACGGAAAAAAAGUUUGGAUUUCUUGUGAUCUCAAAGAGACUUGAGCCUCACGUGGCGAGUGAGGCCUCAUGGUUGGAGAAUGCCAUAUGCUAGAGCAGUGAGGCAGUGGGAGAUCAGGCCCACGUCUGCGCUGCGGGGGAUCAAACGCACUAGAGCCCUGAUGUGGCAGUGGAUACGGGGACUGGCUCGGGCCUGCCGGCAUGGUGCGGGGUACCCAGUCAACUACAAUGACCCAGACCGAGAGGAACAGGAGAUGGUGUGCCUUGAGCCCAUGGGAUCAGAGCGGAUGGAGAUGCGAAAGAGGCAGAUGUCGGUGCAGCAGGAGUCGGCAGCGGGGGGAACUGCACCGGCCCAGCAGGACCAGCCGGGCCAGGCUAACCCACGGGGCUCGAAUGCAUGUUGCUUCUGCUGGUGUUGCUGCUGUAGCUGUUCCUGGAAUGAAGACCGGGAUGAUAGGAACCGAAAGGCAUCUUAUGACGUCAAAGAAGGGACCACAGACUGUGAAGACUGUCCUAAGCCCACGUUGGAGGAGGUGCGCUCGUGGGGUCAAUCGUUUGACAAGCUGAUGUGUUGUCCAGCGGGCAGAAACUCUUUUCGACAGUUUCUUCGCACUGAGUUCAGCGAGGAGAACAUGCUUUUCUGGCUAGCCUGCGAGGAGUUCAGGAAAGAGAACAAUAAGAGUGUGGUAGAGGAGAAGGCUCGGGUUAUCUAUGAAGACUACAUCUCCAUUCUAUCGCCUAAAGAGGUGAGCCUUGAUUCCCGUGUGCGUGAGGCAAUUAACAGGAACAUGCUGGAGCCCACCUUGCACACCUUCGAUGAUGCCCAACUGCAGAUCUACACACUAAUGCAAAGAGACUCGUAUCCCCGCUACAUGAACUCCCCAGCCUACAAAAACCUGCUCAACACCCUGUCAGAGCAGUCCCCUGAAUCUUAGGGUGGUGAUGACCUGUGAUCUUUUAACUCUCUUUACCCCUCUCCCAGUCCUUACCCCCCCUUUUUUAAAAUUUUCUUUGUAUGUUCAGUGUAGGAUUACAUGAAUCAGGCUUCGGACCUGUCCCCUCCCAGGGAUCUCAGCGCUAUUGUGAUCUGCUCCUGACUGAAGACACUCAGGUCUUAAAAUCUCCCGAGGGCUUGACAUCACAAGUACUGCUACAGAUCAACAAAGCAAAACACUCCAAAGGAAUAUGAAUAAUUUUAAUUCUUUUUUUUUUCUUUUUCUUUCUUUUGAUAGAAAUAAUCUAUUUUAUUUGUGUUCAGAGUUUUUUAUGGUCUAUUGUUUUUUGUAUGAUUGUUUGGGGGGAAAAUGAUUCCUACUGUAGACUAUAUAUUUAUUAGUUUGUAAAUAGUAAAAAUGGAAUUGUGGGUAUUUUAAGUGGAAACGCCUGGUUCUAUUUACUGCGUCUAAAAAUCAAAGCUCAAGUCAAAGGCUACAUGUUAGCGCUACUUGCAGGCAGCUUUGUGGGGUACUGUAUGAUUUUACCUUGGUUUCGCCCUGUUUUGUCACCUAACCUCACACUUUGGUAUCUGUGACAGAAACUUGGCAACUCCAGCUCACGUAGAACCUGUGCGUGAUUGAAAAUACUGUAAGUGUGGUUAUCAGUGAAGUAACAGAAAGUGACAACAGCUCUUGUCAUGGUGUGCAAUUUGUUUCCUGAAGAAACUCAAAUCAAUGAUGGAAGGAUGUUUUAACUUGUUACUUGAGCUUAACCACAGACGUUUGCCUGUUUAAGAUUUUUUUUUGUUUGUUUUAAUUCAAGUGUUACUCACUGCACACCUCAUAGGUUUAUUAUAGUUUUACAAAUGUGGCAUAAGUAAUUCUAUGUACCAGAUGAAGUAUUUUUAUUUAUUUAUGUCUACAAACAAUACAGAAAAACAAGUAUAAAUCAUAUUUAAGUCCUGUGAUGGACUGAACUCUAAUACACUGUCAGAAAAAUAUUUAAAGAAUUUUAUUUUAAAAGACUAUAUAACUCUGUUUUAUAGGUCUGUAAUUUCCUAAUAACUUCCCUGGACAUUUUCUUGAAGAUACUAUUAUUAGGGAAAAUAAUUGCUACUAUUCCAUCAUUUAAACCUACAUAAAUAUCCAUUUAUUAUUUCUUUCUUUUACUAAGGCUUAAACAGUUUGACUUUGAACCAAUUCUAUUUUCAUGCUAAGAGUAAGAAGAUUUAUGAUGCUCUUAACAUUGAAAUUCAAAAGUUUUGAUUCUUCAUUUCUGCUUAAAUGUUUGCUUGUAUUGAUUUGAGCUGCUGUAUCAGGUCAGUUAAUCUUUAUUUGAAAUCAUUUCCAGAGAACUUGCUGGAAUUUACUCCAAAAUUACAGACCUGUAAAAUAAAGCCUCACCAUUUAAGAAACUCAUGAUUAAAAAUAGCUCAUCUAUAAUAUGUGAUUUGACAUAUGAUUAUAAGUGACACUGGGUUUCAGGCCAGGUUAGCAGCAACACCAAAGCUACCAUGUAAACUGUGUUCAUAUGUUUAUUGAGAGUGUUUCAACUGAGUAAAAUUGGAGUUGCCAAGUGUUUAAUACUUUUAUGUACUUUGAUAGUAUUAGUUGAAUUACUUUGUUGCCUCACAAAUGUGUCACUCAAAGACAAGAUCCUCACAUGGGGAAGUGCCUUGACAUUCAGUUUUAUGACAUCUUUCUCAUGGGCAACAGUUGUUUUCAAACUCUUGCCAUAAGGGUGGUUACUGGAGCAUGAAGUCAGUUUACUGGAAAUUGUCCCUUUCAUUGGCCAAAUUAAUAUGUGUUUUGUCUUGAUUUCUUAGUUGUGACUACAUCAGUUCACUUUGGUAGGGUGGAGGUUGAUGGCAGCACAUGUCAAACAAAGACUGGUGGACGGGCUGGUUGAUCUGAACUUCUUACCAACCUGUGUGCUUGAUGGUGGCACUUUUACCACGUGCAAUCUGAGCUGAUAGGUACACCGCGCAGAUCAAGCUCAAAACACAAUCUAAGCCAAUGGUUUGGAGUGAUGCCUAUAAAUGUUUCUUUUUUUCUGUUUACUAUAUGAAAUGUGUUAUUUUGCGCUGAGUUUACUGAAGAAUACAUUUUUAAAAAAAACAAAUAAUGUGAAUGUUUACAGUAAAUGGUUUUUUUUUUUUUUUUUUUCUGC